ACAAUAGAAUUCAACGAGGAAAAGAAUUGCACUAUCCUUGAAACCAAACAGAUCUCUUCCUCUAAACAGUACAUAGGGUUUUACAAACUCAAAAGCGGAGAGUGUAGUUGAAUCGAAAGCAGCACUAUGGACGGAAGCGGCAGCGGCCAGCCGAAAAAGCAGCUAUUGUCAGAGUCAUUGCCAAUAUUUGAAGAAGGCAUAUUUCUCGUUCUCUCCAGAUGGUCGGCUCUGCAACUUGCCGUUCAGAAUGAGUGGGGCGGGCGCGGAUCUGGCCAAUUAGCUAACCAGCUCGGCGCCGAUGUCUUGUCCUGGUUUACUCAGUCAAAAGAGCCACUUUAUAUCGAUGAUUUAGAGAAUAUCUUGGAUGAAGGAUUGCUUUCUCUAAACACAAUGAUUGAGGAUGGAAGCGUUGAGGAGGUUGCAGAAAAACUAAUGAUUAUGCACGAAGAGUGUUUGGAAGGUAAUUACAACUCUAUUGAAAAUUUAAGGCAAGCAGGUCCUGUGACAGGAGCUCAUCAACAUGUUAGACAGGCUGUGGAUGACGAUGAAGAUGAGGACAGUGACGAUGAUGACAGCAUGGAUGAUAAAUCAAACAUGAUGGUUGAUGCACCAAAAUUGCAGUCAAAGUCGAAUCAAUUGAACAUGCAGGUUGAUGAGCCAAAUAGUCAGCAGGCUCAAGGAGAAGAUGGAUGGACAGUUGUUUCUUCUAGGAAAAAUCGAGGUAAAAGGAAUUAGGUUCGACAGUCUCAUAUCAUUUUUGUAAUUUACCAUCUUUUUCUUUUUGGCACUUAUUCUUCUUCUUAUUCAUUCAAUGUAAUGUAUUCCUAUGGCAUUUUUGCCGCGCUUAUUAUUUAAUCCUCAUCGUUGCAUUUUGCUUUUGUUUGAACAAAGUCGUGGUUUACUCAAAUGCUGUGUUCUACUCUA